AUGCAAACUUUUGUCGAGCAGUGCGAACUGCGAGCCAGCAGCCCCGGGAAAAAAGCCGUGCUGGAACAGCGUUCCCAUCCGAAUUUAUUUGAUUUGCGCAAGCAGAUUGCAGCAUUACAAGAGCAAGCAAAUUCAAAGACAACCGUGAUGUCGAGGUGUGAAGAGGAGCUGGACGUGCCAUCGGACGUAGAAGAG